AUGGAGCAAUUCAAGAAGAUUAAGGAGAAGCUGCAGAAAGAGGGUGAUCAACUCGUGGUGGGUGGUGCAGAUGAAGAAGAUUGUGGUGCAUGUAAGCCACGAGCGGGCGGACUCUACGGCAGCGACAUGCGCAGAAGGUUCCGCUCACAGCAGCAAGCACGAGAACAGAGAUCGGCUCAGGAGCAAGAUGGCGGCACGACGUCAACUGACGCCACGGCAACAUCUGCCGGCACAGAAGAGGAUGCAUCGAAUGAGAACACCACCGAGUGCUACGACAGCGAGGGCUACUGGGAGAAGCAGGACGCACCCGAUGUGAUCGAGCUGGGCCAGGCAGGCUGGACGCUACUCCACAGCAUGGCGGCUUACUACCCGCCCAAGCCGUCGCGGCAGCACCAAGAGCGCAUGCGCAGCUUCCUCUCCCUGUUCCCUCACCUCUACCCCUGCAAGGUGUGCGCCAAAGACUUCGAGGAGACGAUGGACGAGAUCCCGCCCGAGCUCGAAUCCCACGAUGCGCUCUCGGACUGGAUGUGCCGCGCGCACAAUCGAGUAAAUCAGCAACUGGGCAAGCCGCUCUUCCCCUGCGAGCGCGUACGCGAGCGGUGGGGUCCAUCCAAUGCAUUCCACACCAAAGAGCAAGAUGAUUCGUAG